AAUUCGAUUGUUAUAAAAGUUCUUUUUUACAAAUUUUAUAAUAGAUAUUUUUAUUGCAAACCGCUUCAAUAAGCCGUAUUACUUAAAUUACGAAACCAUGUUUUUAUGCCAUACUUUAUUCACUAGGGUGUGGGCGCCUUCUUCGUAUCCGAAUUUUAUACAAAUAAAAACUAUAAUUUUGUUUUUUACUUUUUAUCGGUUAAUUAUUUAACUUAUGAAUAAAAAUAUAAAAAAUCAGGCUUCUUACGAUUGUAAAAAAAGUUCUUCUCUAGUCUCUACGACUUUUAUAAUAGGUAGUUUUGCUGUAAACUAUUUUAAUAAACCGUAUUACUUGAAUAAUCGAACUAUUUGGGUAUGAUAUAAAAAAGAAACACUCAAAAAACCAUUUAUAACAAUUAACAAAAAUCAUUCAAUGUAAAAAUCUGAGCCACAACCUGGUAAGUGGUACAUAUAAAUUGAAUAUAAUGAUAUAAAAAUAUUCUAUUGUAAUUACAUAUGAAAAAUGUAAAAAUAUAUAAAAUUAAAAUGUGCAACUUAUUGACUACAAUUUUAUCAGAAACUAAAAAACUGGAAUAUAUACCAAUAAACAAAGCCAUUACCAAUGGUACUUGUGCUAUUGGUAUAGGUUAUACACAAUUGGCUGAACUUUCAGCAAGUAUUGACAUACCAUGUAUGUCUCCAAACACAUACAUCAAACUCACUGACAUUUUAAGUGAAGAUAUAAAAGUUACUGCUUGGAAUGUCAUGAAACUUGCCGGUAUUGAGGAAAAACAAUUAGCGCUGGAAGCAGGUGAUGUCGAUAUCGACGGUAUACCUAUGUGCCCAGUAGUUGCCGACGGACAGUGGAGUAAACGUAGUUACAAAACUAAAUACGACGCAUAUUCAGGAGCGGCUACAAUUAUUGGUUAUCGUACAAAAAAAGUAUUGUUUGUCGGAAUACGAAACCGAUAUUGCGCAAUUUGUGAAAGGGCUAAAAUUGUCAAACUAGACCCUAAGCCACAUAAAUGUUUUUUAAACUGGACAAAAGGGGCUACAAGUAUGGAAGCUGAUGGAAUAGCAGAAGGCUUUUUAAAUAGUAUUGAAUUGCAUGGCUUAAAAUUCAACAAACUUAUUGGUGAUGGAGAUAGCAGCGUUACAAAGAGACUAAACGAAGUAAUGCCAUAUGGACCUACAUUUCUUGUUGAAAAAAUAGAAUGUAGGAAUCACAUUCUCCGCAAUUAUAGUCAAAAAUUGAUGAACCUUACUAGAAUAACUAAAUAUCCAUGUUUCAUAAGGAAGUUUAUAGUUAGAAACAUUAUUCGAUUUAGAACCGCUAUCACUAAAUCAAUAAAGUAUCGAAAAAAUCUCGACGAAUCAAAUUAUCAAAAAAUUGAAGGUUUGCGAAAGGAUAUUUUAAAUAGUCCAUACCAUAUAUUUGGCAAACACACUAAUUGUGCUCAAUAUUUUUGCACUGGAAGAAAGUUAUACGAACUGAAUUUGAUCGACGAAGUAUUGCAAUGUGGUUUAAUGAAAGAUAUUUAUACCGCACUAAGACGUGUUGCUGAUAAUGCAAAAAGUUUAUUACUUGAUGUUGAUAACAACAUUUGCGAACAGUUUAAUAGUGUCAUUAAUAAACAUAUAGGCGGUAAACGAAUUAAUUUUUCUCAAAAACAGUCGUACAGCACUAGAAUAUAUACUGCUGUAGUAUCAUUUAAUACAAAUGGCAAUUAUAUACGAGAGAUUCACAAAAAGAUAACAACCAAAAGUCCAGGAAUCGUAGCCAAAAAAUUUUUGAAGCAUGCGGCAGAUAAACGAAUAACAUUAAGACGCAGGAGAGCACUUUUUAAAUUAUCUGGAGUGUAUAAAUCAAAAAAAAUAUCAUGCGGCCCCGACGAACAUUAUGGACUAGCUGAACCCUUGGACGAUUUUUUGUCCGAGGAAGAAAUGAAAAAUAAGAAAGCAGAAUUUAUAAAAUCACUUUCACUUUCAUUAACUGCCAAAAAAACAUUAGAGUAUGAAACCCGAAACCAAUCCGAUAGCCAAACUUGGUUUACUGAACGAAGAAAUCGUCUUACAGCUUCUAAUUUUGGUAAAAUUUGUAAGAUGCGGCCUAACACUUCGUGUAAAAAUACGGUGUUUGAAAUUUUAUAUAACACCAAUAACACUAUAAGUAAUGCCAUCGACUAUGGUAAAGAAUCGGAAGAUAUGGCUAUAAGAACAUUGGAAAAAAUCAUUAAAAAACCAAUACAAAAAUGUGGGUUAUUUAUUGACGAUAAUAUUCCAUACUUAGCAGCAACACCUGAUGGUUUGAUAGAAGAUAAUGCUACUGUUGAAGUAAAAUGUCCGUUUUCUGUUAAGGAUCAUGAAAGUUUGGAACAAGCUCUUCUUGAAAAGAAGAUUCCUUAUUUAAUAAAUAAAAACAAUACAAUCAAGUUGAAAGAAGAUAGUAAUUAUUAUUAUCAGAUUCAGGGCCAAAUGCAUAUUACUAAACGAAAUUUAUGUUAUUUUUUCAUAUUUACUCCGAAGUGGAACAAACUUGAAAUUAUUAAUUAUUCAGCAGUGUUUUGGAAAGAAAAAAUGGAAUCAAAUUUGAAAUUAUUUUAUGAAGAAUGUUUAUUACCCGAGAUCGUUGAUUCCCAAUACAAAAAACGGAUGCAAAAGAGUGAUAUUGUUGAUUGA